GCCGGUGCGAAGCCGGGCUUUUCUCGUCCCCGGAAGCGCUAGGUCCCUUCCCUUCCCAGCGCUGUGACACGGAGGAAUCGGGACGCUCUAGGCGCCACUACCACCACCAUGGUUCCAGCCGUCCGCGCCGCACGUAAGGCUACGUGGUGAGACCGGGCCGAGCAACUGGCCCCACAGUCCGUAGCCGGCUACAGGUUCGCCCCUCCCUGGGCUGGCCAGGUGUCGGGAGGAGGAAGGGAGGAUGGGGCGGGGGGACUAUGAGUUGCUAUGGUUAUAGAAGUUCUCCCUGACUGCACCUUGGACCCCGACCCCGCAGGCCCCGCCCCCGACCUCCACACUUCCCCUUCCCAUGGCUUGGACACACGUGGAAACUGUUGGGGGAAGGAGGCAGCCGCCGUGCUGAAACUGGAGGCCGGAGCCCUGGAGCCCUGGCCAUGGCUGGCCAGUUCCGCAGCUACGUGUGGGACCCCAUCCUGAUUGUCUCCCAGAUCGUCCUCAUGCAAAACGUCUACUACGGCUCCUUGGGUCUGUGGUUGGCGCUGGUGGACAGCCUGGUGCAGAGCAGCCCCUCUCUGGACCAGAUGUUCAGCCCCGAGAUACUGGGUUUUUCCACUCCUCCUGGCCGUCUCUCCAUGAUGGCCUUCAUUCUUAAUGCUCUUACCUGUGCCCUUGGUUUGUUAUACUUCAUCCGUCGAGGGAAACAGUGUUUGGACUUCACUGUCACAGUUCAUUUCUUCCACCUCCUGGGAUGCUGGAUCUACAGUUCCCAUUUCCCCUCAUCACUGACCUGGUGGCUGGUGCAUGCUGUUUGUAUUGCCCUGAUGGCUGUGAUUGGGGAGUACCUCUGUAUGAGGACGGAGCUCAAGGAGAUCCCCCUUAACUCUACUCCCAAGUCCAAUGUCUAGGAGUAACUCAUUGCUGUCACCAAGAGGACUUGGCCAAUGAAAGUUGACAUUGGAGUGGUUGAAGCAGGUUCCAGCAGUCAGCUCUGGGGCAGUCAAUUGGCAUAAGCUGAGGCAUUGGUGUCUGCAGGGAAGAAAUACAUCAAGAAGAAAAUCUUUCAUAUGGACAAGGACAGAGUGAAAGAAGCAAGCAAAAAAUGGGAGAUGUCUCAUUCUUUCCACUAUUAUCAUUUUUUUUUUAAAGAAAAAAAUCAAGAAACUCUGAUUGGAGUAAAUCACCUGCCUGGCUAUUCAUUCUGCCAACUUGGGAAAGAUAUAAUUUCUCAAAUUUUGCUGGAUCAAAGAAGAUCAUUUUGGGGCAAUACAUUUUUGUGGUUGGAGGCAGGGGUCAUAAAUGGUCUAGUAAUCAAGGCGGACAGAGGCACUGAAUGCUAGUGAAGCCCAAAGCCUGUUUCCCUGAAACACACAUAUUGGCCAGUGACCUUCCUUUGGUUACCUCUUCUCUGUCCUGUCCCUGACUCCUGGUUCUUGUGAGAGAUAGCUUAUAUGACCCUAGGGAGUAUAGGCAGACAGUUACUCCCUCCUUUCCUUGGAACUAUAAUACAAUGGGAAUUACUCAGUGAAGGGACAAGUCCAUUGUUCUACCCAUCCAGGGUUUUUCUCUUACCAAUUGGGGAUGAUGUGGUGAGGAAAAGGAGGAGGUAGUGCUUUGCUGUCCAGAUGUGCUUUUGGGGAGGGAUUUCCUAGUGGAGUGCCUAACAGCUCCUUGACUUCCUUUGUAUAUAAAUACAGUAUUUUCCACUUCUCCCUGUGCUGACUGUGUUUCUAUUGGGAACUAUUGGAAAGAGGUUCUUAACAAAGAUAAAGGCAUUCUUUCCCUUCCAGAGUUGUAGGAGCAACCUUUCUAUUGUACUAGCAGAGCAGCAUGGUAGAGUAGGAAGAGCAGGGAAACUAGAGUGAAGAUAAAGAGUUCCAAAGUCCUGAUUUGAAAACUCACUCAGCCACAUGACUGAGAGCCAUUCUUUUCCUCUCUUGUAAUCUUCAGUUUCUUUUUUGUAAAAUAGGGAUAAUAAUAGUGGUCCAAUCUGAGUCACUGCCCUAUUAUAAUGACUGCAUUUUGUUAAGCCUUAAAGUGCUAUCGCAAUGAAUUAGUAAUAAAUUUGUAGGAACUAAUUAUUUUGGUGAAGGAGUGCUGAACCAGGCAUCAGGCAACCAUGCUUCUAGUUCUGGCUAAGUCAGCAGCUAAUUGAGCCAGUAGCUUCCCCUUUCCAAGCUUCAGUUCCUUCAUCUGUCAAAUGAGAAGGUCAGACUAGAUGUCUUGAAGUUUCUGUCCUGUUAUAACAUUUCAAGAUUCAGAUAUUCCUUUCCUUGUAUUACCAUACAAAUCUACUCUACUUCCCCUUCCAGGUUUUAAGAGAAGUAUCUUAGAAACUGAGUUGAGAGAUACCACUAUCGCCUCCUGAUCAUUUUCUAGCCCAGGUGACAAUGGUGUUAAGGUCUAUAUUCCCUGUUCCACAUUUGCCUGGCAUCUGUUUUGAUGCUGAGUUUUGUAAUUAUUGCUUUUUUUGUGGAAAAGUGGUAUGAGGCAGAAACCUUGCCAAAAGAUCUACUAUAAAAUGCCAGAUUUUUCCACAUUAGUAGUUUCGGAGCUGGGAAGGAAAUGUAGAUUUGACUUUAAGAAGUCAUUGGAUUUCCCAUGCUUCUCUGGAUUUUAAUCUUGUAAGGGAAAAGUUAAAGGCUGACUAUGUUCAAAUUUUUAAAGGCAAAUAAAUGCUUGGGUGGAAAAACAUUAAGAAAGGGUAAAGAUUGGAAUAUGAGGGAAGUCUAAAAGGUUAUAAUUUUGCCAUAAAGAAUGGGAGAGAGUGAAUUUAUUAAGCUUUAAAUUUUCAAGAGGAACCUGAUACAGGUUUUUUUGUGUUUUGGAAGGGAACCCACCUCCCUACUUCGGGCAUGAAUUCUCUUUAUGAUAGUCCCAGCAGGCAGAAGACCAAAUUUUCUUGUCCUAGUUAAGUCCCUCAUCUUAAAAGGGGAUUUGGGUAACCUCUUAGGAUAGUAUGAGAAGAGAAGGCAGCAGAAGAGAACUCACUUUUCCCUUUGCUUAAAUUGAUUUGAAAUAUGAUUUCCUGUAUAGUGGAACUUAAAUAAUAACUUAAGAGAAAGAAGGCACCUCUGAUAUUUUCUUCACAGGCCUAUUGUGAAGCUUAGCUUUCCUUAGAAGCUUGCUUUGCAAGCCUUAAAGCAGUAUUUACAUGACAAAUUAUAUGUCUUGGCAAUGUCUUUUAAGAGUUAUUGAAUAUUUGAGAAGUUAUGAUGGAAAAGCAAAUAGAAGCUCUGGGUACUGCUGUUUACUGUACUGUGAGACCUGAGCAAAUCAACUGCCCUCAUUGGGCUUCCUCAUCUGUAAAACAAGGAUAAUGCUUAAUAUGCUAAUAUAAUUCAAAUAGACUUGUAAGACAA